GGCCGUCGCUAGUGCAGGACCGACGCAUAGCUUUGUCAACUUGAAGCGACUUACACAACACAAUCGAUUGGGCGGGACAAUUCGCUAAUCAGACGGCCUACAUCCAGGAGCGAUUGACACAUUAACCGAGCGUAAAGUGUUUCAGAACACACCACACCUCAGUUUCCAUUUGGAUAAGCCAAGCGCAAUUCAACGCAGCACAAACGAGUGCGAGUCGGUGCAACACCCACAAGCUCGCCUCCAACAACAUUUAAAAGAUCAAGACAACUCGAGUCGAUCCAAGCAAGUAACCAUGCCGUCCGAAGCACAGACCGACCCGGUCUACUCCGAGGCCACGACGCCCAGAGGUGCCGACAACGUUCCCGUCUUCGACGAGGCCCAGAAGACCGCGGCCAGACAGAUCAAACCCAACAUGAUCAUGUACACGAGCAUCCUGGUGGCGCUGCUUCAACCCUUCCAGAGCGGUUGGUCGUCGUCACAGACCAACCUGUCGCAGUACAAUGACACCGACGAGUGCAGCGCGCGUCCCGUGGCUGAGGACACGUGCCUCAUGUUCCCGGGCCACUCGAAGCUCGAGUGGACGUUCGCUGUGAACGCCUGGAUCUUCGGUGGCAUGAUCGGCUCUCUGAUCUGCGGCCACUUCAGCGACCUGUGGGGCCGCAAGAAGCUUCUGUUCGUCAACUGCAUCUUCAUGAUCGUGGGUGCAGUGGUUGAGACGUCCGUGUCGAACGUCUGGGCGUUCUCGGCUGGCCGUCUGAUCGCCGGUAUCGCAUCGGGUACAGCCACGGGAACUCUCGGUGCGUACACGAACGAGCUGACCCCGCCGCACAUGCGUAACAUCUUAGGUCUGGGUCUGCAGAUCUCGGUGACCAUCGGCAUCCUGUUCCCAGCCAUUUGUUUCUUCUUCGCCAACACGAGCUCUGGCUGGCGCUACCUGGCUGGAUUCCCCGUGAUUCUGGCUGUGCUGUUCCUGCUCAUGGCUCCGUCGAUGUGCGUGGAGAGUCCGGCGUGGCUACUCAUGAAGAACCGCCGAGAGGAAGCCAAGCAGGUACUUGCGCGUCUGUACGGCGAGGAGAACGUGUACACUGCUCUGUCGUGGCUCGAGUCGUCGACCAAGCCGGAUGCCGAACAGGGUCUCAUCCAGGCGUCUGUUGAACAGGACUCUCUGUUCGCACCCAAGUACCGCCUCCAACUGGCCGCCGCCAUCCUGUUGUCUUGCGCACAGCAGUUGUCCGGUAUCAACGCCGUGUUCUACUACUCCAGUUCGAUCUUCAAGGACGCCGGUAUCUCGGAUCCGCGUGUGGGUACGUUGAUCAUCAACUUCAUCAACAUCUGGCCGGCCUUCUUCACGGGUGUGCUGGCCCAGCGUUUCGGUAAUCGUAACAUGAUCUUGUGGGGUGAGGCCGGUAUGUUCGUCAUGGCUGUGCUGAUGACGGUGGCGUUCCUGGUGGACGUGCCUGCGCUGUCCAUCGUGUUCACCGCUCUGUACGUAAUCGCGUUCGGUGUGACGCUGGGUCCUCUCGUGUGGGUGAUCACGGCGGACCUGUUCCCGGAUUCGGUGCGUGCCACAGCCACGUCCAUCGGCAUUGGUGCCAACUGGCUGUGCAACCUCAUCGUCGGUGUGGCAUACCCGUACAUCGCCGACGCUCUGGACGACUACAGCUACCUGCCGUUCGUGGUGCUUCUGGCCAUCUUUUAUCUGUUGUCACUGAAGUUGGUCCCGGAGACGUCGAACAAGUCUGCGGAGGAAGUGCAGCGUGAGUACGAGGAGCGCUACCGCAGCCGUCAGUAAGGUCGGGGGUGUUUGUGUCUUUAUUUCAGCAAAUAAAGGUCGAUUGUGUUCGUUUUCUUGUUUCUCGAGAAGGGGGG